AUGUCAAUGGAAGAUAAAUUAUUAAUGGAAUAUGAUUUUAUACCAGAUCCUGAGUUUCCCGAUAAAAAUUUAUGGACAUAUAAUCAAUUUGUUUUUGCCGUUGAUCAAAGACGAAAUCGACUAUUCACAAGUUGGAAUACGUAUCCACCACGGCCAAAUUUAUCUUGUUUAAUGCUUCACAAUAUACAAACAAAUGAAACACAGCAAGGUCAAUUUUACAAUAUUACUUUGACAGCAUUACACUUUGAUUUCAACAAUCAACAUUUGUUUGCUAUUGGUACCACACGCGAUGAUUUAUUGAGUUUAUUAUGGGAAGUCGAUCAAAAUACAUUAACAUUACGGAAAUUAAUCGAUCUCACAUCACAAGGACAACCACAAGUGGGUAGCACAUUUGAUAUCUUGGAAAAUAUUUUAUAUUACCGUACAGAAACCGCAUUAAUCGGAAUUGAAAUGAAAACAUUAAUGAUUAAAACAGUUUGCAAACUUGAUUCUAAUCCAUAUUUGAAUAAUUUAUUUGUAAUCAAUGAACAGUUUUAUACUAUUUAUAAUUGGCGAAAAGCUCCAUCUGAUUUUACAAUAAGUAAUUUAACCAUAAAACAACUAGAUAGAACUUGUCGUGUCAAUAAACAAUUGGACAUUGAACAACCAACAUCAGUUGCAGUAAUGACUGGAAGAGUAUUGGAUGUAGAUAAGAAUCAAAUUGUAUUUUCGUACGACGAUAAUUUUUCUAUGUUUGGUCAUGAUGCACAUGUACUAAUUGUCGAUGUGGGAAAAUGGAAAGUUAUCAACGACGUGCAGAAACGUUUUGCAAGUUCACCCUAUGAACUUAUUUACGUGUCCUCGACAAAAAAAUAA